CGGCCACGGCGCAGACCCACGCGGGGCGCCGGGACCACGCAGGUGCCAAAGAGGACCCUGCUAAAGAGGUCCUGGCUCCCGGUGGGACCGUGUGCCUAGAGCUUGCUCCACUGCGGACUUGCAUUUCCCGCCUUAGAAGCCGUCCAUGGACUGGAACCCCGCUGAUGGCACUGGCCCAGUGCACGUGCCUUUGGGGCACGUUGUGGCUAAUGAGAAAUGGCGCGGGUCACAGUUGGCUCAGGAGAUGCAAGGAAAGAUUAAACUCAUCUUUGAGGAUGGUGUGACACUGGCAGAUUUUUACCUAUCCAGCAGAUCUUGCAUUCUUUAUAUUACUGAAGCUGAUUUGGUGGCCGGAAAUAGCUACAGAAAGAGGCUGGUUCGUGUUAGAAAUUCCAGUACUCUUCAAGGCAUUGUAGUUGUUGAAAAAACAGGAAUGAGUGAACAAUACUUCCCAGCGGUCCAGAAGUUUACUGUGCUAGACCUGGGGAUGGUGUUGCUUCCAGUGGCCAGCCAGAGGGAAGCAUCCUGCCUCAUUGUCCAGUUGGUUCAAGAGCAAGCCAGAGAGCCCAGCAGGAACCCCUUCCUCAGGAAGAGGCGCUCUGUGCUCUCUGAGGCGUCCCUGGUCCGAACUGUGCAGCAGAUCCCGGGGGUUGGAAGGGUUAAAGCUCCCCUUCUGCUUCAGAGGUUUUCAAGCAUCCAGCGACUGAGUAACGCGUCCACUCAAGAACUCGAGCCAGUGGUUGGACCAGCGGCCGCACAGCACAUCCAUGCCUUCUUCACCCAACUCAGGUGACAGCUGGCCUCACAUCCACGACUCUUUC